GCAUUUUUAUAAAAGAGUAUGUUGUGAUUCGACACUACUUGGUACCACGCUGGGACGACUGCAAAUAUCGUUGGAUCGUUCUGUUGCGCUUCUCAAGCAGUGUGUUUUGAUGCAAGUGCGUGUGGCUUGCAUCUGGACACUCCUAAUACUGUUAAUCCCCUUUUUUGUCAGCUUUGCAGCCUUGUGCUCAGGUCCAUGCAUGAUACAUCAGUGUGUCACUCAUCUUCUAACAGAACGCACGCAUCCCAUAUGGAAUAAUUAUAAAUGCUGCUUACGUUAAGGCAAAUUCAACAGUGGAAUACAACUUCUGCCAUUCACUGAGCUCAACUUGGACGACUUGAUCAACAGUGAUGUGAGCUGCUCUGACAUGCUCAAGACUGGCAUUGGCCUGCAUUUUAAAGCUGCCAAAAUGGAUGUGUGUACUCAUCAGAGGAGACCAAUCACUCGCUCCUGCAGUUUGGGGAAUACACCAACCAGUGGCGCUACUUUCCACACUUUCAUCGAGACCUCAGACCAGCAGCAACAGCGGAAAGGGUCGCUACGUCAACGGCGUGUAACUGUUGCUUUGUGUGCUCCCCGGUGCAACGACCAGAAUGGAGAUCUCCCUGAGAAGGAUGUGGACAGGCAGGAGGCCAAAUCACUCAGGGAGCUAAACACAAAUGAGAUCUGCGUGUGGUUCGCCAGCAUUGGACUGCACAAAUGUCUCCCUUUCAUCCAAGAGGCAAAUUUGUGUGGAGCAGACAUCGCGUCAAUCAACGUGAACAUUCUGGACAUGCUGCACAUCAACGCACUAGAAGACAAGGAGAAGCUACUCUCUGCUAUUUACAAUGAGCUGCACCCUUCCAGUACUUUUGGCUCCUUCCGGAAUAAUCAUGUCGAGACGUUCAUGCCAAUGAUCAAAUCAAAGUCCUCACCUCAGGUGAACUGCCUAAGCAUGAAUCGACGAUCCCUCAAGCUCAGGCACAAUAACCAGAACUACAUGGCACAUCGGAAUUCACAGUUGAUAGAAGUCACAAUAAAUGCCUCAGAGCGGAUCGUUCACCUCAGAACCCCAAAAGAAACAACAAUGGCCAAAAUAAUGGACUCUUGUCUUAGAAUGCUGGGAAUGACAGAAGACAAAGGCCUUUUUUCAUUGAAAGAGCAGAGAGAUUCCGCAGCUGAGCUUUCCCAGGAUCAGCAUAUUGGGAGCCUGCUGAUAUCCUCAUCUGAGAGGGAACUGGAGUUACAUUUGUGUAAAAAGAGUAAAAGCACCACUUCUCAAAACAGUCCAGAGGUCAACAGCUCUAUUGGAACCCAAAAAGAGAAGCGGAUCAGGGAGCUGAAUCUGCAAGUGGACUCCCUACAAAAUGUCAUCCUGCAGGUGCAGGAGCUUCACCUUGGGCUGGUAGCCUUCUGCUCAGAACUGAAGAACUCGGAAGGAGAUGCGAAUUUAGAAAUGUUUGGCUCAGCUGAGCUGGAGCAGAAACUGGAACUGCUCCACAGACGACUAAGUGACAAGAAGCAAAGUCUUCAGACCCUCCGAGAUCACAUCAGCAACUCUGCAGCUCAACGGAAGAAACAGCUAGAUGUUCGUCUUUUGGAGAAGAUGAAGCUGAACUGCCAGGUGUUUAAGGAAGAAAUCUCUAUGGUGCAUCUCAACCGACAGGUGGCUCACCUUCAAAAUGCUCUGCAGGAAAGCUACAUUAAGGAGAAAGACCAGAGAAAGAACGUGACCAUCGGUAACCUAAGCCAGCUGGUGUCUCCGCAGUCUCCUGCCAUGCUACUUUUGGUGCAGGAGAGCCGUGGACCUGACGGCUACUAUGGCUUCACGUGCCGGUACGCUGAAGGCAGUGGCUUGGUGGUGGUCAGGGUGGACAGCUCGCAACUGUGUGUGGAUGACAGGCUUGUGGAAGUGAACGGGGCACCAGUGGUCAACUCUACAGAAGAAGAACUGAGUGACCUUCUGCUCCAGCUACCUAGGGCCCAGAUUAUUGUGCUCCGUCAGCCGACUCCCACCCUCACCUCCCAUCAACCCCCUCUGAUCCUGCAGCACAUGGUUAACCCUAAUCCCCAGCAAACAGAGAGAGAUGUGAUCACCAUGGAAACCCCAUCACUGCGCAGGGUAAUGGCUAUCUGAUGAAAAGGGGCAUGAUGGAUGAGCACAAACAGAGGGAGUAAAAAAGAGAAAGCAUAUAAAGAUAGUGGGUAUAUAUGAGCAUUUUGUUUUCUCUACUGCCACAAAUCAAUUUUGACCGCCAAUAGUUUUCCCGCAUAAACAAGUUAUAGCCUACCUUGUCUGCCAGAGAAUAAGGAAAGCGAGCAGGAAGAAUAAGUGUUGACUUUCUUGCUAUAUUUAGCAAGUAAUCAGACCGCUAUAGAUACUCUUUUUCAAAAUAGCGUAGAGCAAAUGAACUAGUGAAGAGUCUUUAGGCAACCAUAGCAAGAAAGCACUCAGUUUUAACUCUGGCAUUAAAACAACAAAAAGAAACAACAGAAGACAGUUCAUUUGUAGCUCUAAAUAUGGGUUUUACUUUUCAAUGUUUUUUAGUAUGUGAUCUUUGACCCCAUCGCAGUUAGCGCCACCGUCUCUCACAGUAGUUUUUUUGCUGUGCUGUCCCAUACUAUGGCCUUGUUUGCACUGCAAACCAAAUUAGGGUGCUUCAAAUCUGAUCUUUUCGCAUCAGAUUCAGGCCACAUCAGGAGGUAGUCUAUAUCCGAUUGGAAUCUGAUAAAUUAAAAUGUGACUUCGGUCUAAAGGCAACGACCUCUAUGUGACUUUGGGCAAAUUGUGUCAUUCGUGUGCGUGAGCAAAGAAACAGCCCGCCAGUGGAAGUGGAUACUUUAGCACAACAUCCGGUUUCAGUGAGCAAAGUCUAUUUUCGACGCCAAAUUUUCGUUUGCAUCACUCGUCAAUAGUGUGCAAAUAAUAGGCUAUGUGUAAUAUAUGAAUAUAUAUUUUGAUUCCGAAGAAAUAGCGUGUGUUGAAGGACCGGAAUUGAUGCUGCCACAACACAGCAAAACACCACAUUUAAUGCAAUACAGUCGGAUAGGGACUCAUGUGGCCCCAUUUGCCUCAGUUUACCUGACGCAUGGAACGUGACAAAUUGAGGGAGCGCACUAUCCCCAACCUGCUCAGUAGCCGCGUGGUUAGAGUGUCUGCCCCGAGACUGGAAGGUUGUGAGUUCAAACCCCGGCCGAGUCAUACCAAAGACUAUAAAAAUGGGACCCAUUGCCUCCCUGCUUGGCACUCAGCAUCAAGGGUUGGAAUUGGGGGUUAAAUCACCAUAAAAUUCAAUGCUCCCCUCACCUCCCAGGGGGUGAAUAAAGGGAGGGGUCAAAUGCAGAGGAUAAUUUCACCACACCUAGUGUGUGUGUGACUAUCGUUGGGACUUUAACCUUAACUUUAACUUCAGACGGCAGUAAAGUGUUGAAUAUCUUAAAAUGCAUUUUGUGGCAAUUCCAACGUUGACCACAGCCGCAGUUGCUAUGUAGAAUGGCACUUUCCUUUAUUUUCAGCAGACUGCGUUGCAAAAUGAUUAAAUUUUUCCCUCACGCCGGAACCACCCAGGAAUGGGGCCCUAUGAAUCUCUUCCCUACUGUAGGUGUGGAGGAAAUUUUCUCCAUGGUGACUAACAGCAAAAUCCUCAUUUAAAUAGGGAAGUGUACGCCACUUUUGCACUUAUUAUCAAUUGUGCACACAGUCUUAGGAGAUCACCCACAAUACGCCCACUAAUAGUACAUGUGAUUUUAUAAUUUGCACACGCUAUUUAGCACUUGUUACUUGGGAUCUUUGAAGAUGGAGCCCUAUGUCUUCAUGUAUCAUGUAUUGGUGACUUUUUCCUCUAUAAAGUAUUGUAGACCAGUGGUCCCCAACCUUUUUGUAGCUGCGGACGGUCAACGCUUGAAAAUCUGUCCCACGGGGACCGGGGGGGGAGGAAUUGUUAUAUUAUUAUUAUUAUUUUUUUUUUCAUAAAGAAAUACAAUCAUGUGUGCUUACAGACUGUAUCCCUGCAGACUGUAUUGAUCUAUAUUGAUAUAUAAUGUAUAUAUUGUGUUUUUUAUGUUAAUUUAAUUUUUAAAAAAUAAAAUAAUAACAAUAUUUUUUUUAUUUUUUUAUUUCUUGCGCGGCCCGCUGGUUGGGGACCACUGUUGUAGACUAGCAAACAGUAUACCUCAGUGUAAUCUCUGGAUACGCUUGACAUACUCACACCAAUUUAAAUUCACUAUUCCAUUCCAUUGCUUGUUGUUUUACAAAUUUAUGACACAAGAGAGAGCUGUGACUGAAGAAUAAAGUGAUACAAAUCCUACGUUUCGCUUGAUACGUAACGCGCAGGCUUGUCUAACAUCUGUCAGAGGGUUGUCCUGAGGGUGCAACAA